AUGCCAAUAGUAAUAGUAGUAGGAGGACCAGCAGGUACCGGAAAGACAACUCAAGGUGAAUUAUUAGCUAAGAAAUUUAAUUGUCCAUUCAUAGAAGGUGAUGCAUUACAUCCAAAAGCAAAUAUUGACAAGAUGUCUCGAGGAGAACCAUUAACCGAUGAAGAUAGAUGGGGUUGGUUAAAACAAUUAUCUCAAAUAGCAAGUGAAAAAGCAGAAGAAGAUAAAUCUAAAAUAGCAGUUGUAUCUUGUUCAAUGUUGAAAAAAGUGUAUCGAGAUUAUAUUAAACAAAAUUCAUCAAUCAAAGACAUGAGUUUUAGAUUUGUAUUUCUAUAUACGACAUUUGAAGAAUUGCUUAAAAGAGUUGGGAAUAGAAAAGGUCAUUUUAUGAAAUCAGAUAUGGUUAAAUCACAAUAUGAUAUUAUGGAAAUUCCUGAACAAGGUGAACUUAUAAAGAAUGGUGGUGAAGCUGUUAGUGUCGAUACAACCAAUAAAAGUCCUGAUGUGAUAGAGAAGGAAAUUUUCAGUGAUUUGAAACUUUGA